GUUCAGACGUAUCAUGUGAUUUGUUCUUGCUGGCACCCUGCUUGAGGAGCUAUGUCAAAAUAAUUUUGACAGGACGGGUUUAGAAAACGAACGCUUUUUAUCAAAAAGGGACUCUACAAGAUGCAGAACGUGAUAAACACAGUGAAAGGCACGGCUCUCGGAGUGGCUGAGUUUCUCACCCCAGUGUUGAAGGAAUCGAAAUUCAAAGAGACUGGAGUCAUUACACCAGAGGAGUUUGUAGCAGCUGGAGAUCACUUGGUUCACCACUGUCCCACAUGGAAAUGGGCCAGUGGGGAAGAGGUCAAGGUGAAGCCAUAUUUGCCUCAGGAUAAACAGUUUCUCUUGACACGCAAUGUUCCCUGUUAUAAGCGUUGUAAACAGAUGGAGUAUUCAGAUGAGCUGGAAGCCAUCAUAGAAGAGGAUGAUGGAGAUGGGGGCUGGGUGGACACUUACCACAACUCAGCAGGUGUGUUAGGAGUCACAGAUGCUGUACGAGAAAUUUCACUGGACAAUAAUAAGGACAAGAAUAUGAAUGCCACAUCUGCAGCAUGUUGUGAGGAUGAUGAUGAAGAUGAUGAUGAAGAUGGAGAAGCAGCAGAUAUGGAAGAAUACGAGGAAAGUGGCUUGUUGGAAACAGAUGAGGCAACCCUGGACACCAGUAAAAUGGUGGAAACUAAAACCAAAGCAGAGCCUGGGAGUGAAGAUGCCAUCCUUCAGACUAGAACAUAUGACCUGUACAUCACGUAUGAUAAAUACUACCAGACCCCUCGACUCUGGCUGUUUGGAUAUGAUGAAGACAGGCAACCACUGACUGUAGAACAGAUGUACGAGGACAUCAGCCAGGACCACGUGAAGAAGACAGUCACUAUUGAGAACCACCCACACCUUCCUCCACCUGCCAUGUGCUCCGUCCACCCCUGCAGACAUGCUGAAGUGAUGAAAAAGAUCAUUGAGACUGUGGCAGAAGGAGGUGGAGAGCUGGGAGUACACAUGUAUCUUCUGAUUUUUCUCAAGUUUGUCCAGGCUGUCAUUCCCACAAUAGAAUACGACUACACAAGACACUUCACCAUGUAGCUUCAUGAAUCUGCCUCUGCUAAUAAUGCAACAUGUGCAUGUGGGAAGGAUCAGCUCUCCUGCCUCUAUGUUGAGAUUAUAUCUGGUCUGGUCUUAAAACAAUUGGUUUGUGGAGUAUUUGUUUUACGCUGAGACACUUUCUGUGUGUGCAGGAAUGUUGGAGGUAUGUGACAAAACAGUCUGUUGAAGGAACAGUCUGUUGUUUUGGGAAACAGGCUUGUUUUUCUUGAAACCGAGAGUCAGAUAAGAAGAUCAAUAUCAGUUUAAAACUGCAUGAAAAAUACACUUUUCAUCAAGGUCGUGUUGUAUCUUUUUAUAUCACUUGUGGAAAAUAGAAAUGUAAAAACAACACACUUCAUAGCAUCCUGGCUAACAACUGUUUAAAUUGUGGAAUUUUUCAUUUGUGACUAAGCUGGCUAGUAGUUUCCCCCUACUUCCAGUGAUUGUGUUAAGCUACUUCCGUACUAGACACACGGAAGUGAAACUGAUAUCUAUCGUUUCCUCUGACUCUGGCUUCUUCCCAAAAGUUGGACGGUUCCUCUGGUGUCUCUCAAACAGUUCUUGUUCAGAAGAUUUCUGAUGCUGCCACUAAAACUAACCCCAUUCCACGCUGCAUUAAAUGUAACCCUCCUCGUGCAAAGUGUUUGGAAAACAGGCCUGGAUUUAAAAAUCCUGCCUUCAGUAUCGGCCACACAGAAGUAAAGGGUGACUUAGGUGGGUUUCAGCCUGGAUGUUGUUUUCCCAUGAUUUUUUUGUUAAAGUGACUAAUGAGGAUAACAAGUUUUGUGUUUGGUCCAGUAUUGAGCCUGCAGCUGCAAAACAGAAUCCUUGGGGGGGAAAUUGCAUACCAUCAGUGUACAUCCAUUAAAAGUGCUUGUAUUUGUUACUGACAGGCUCCGAUUUUAAUUAUAAGUAUCUGACAACACAAAUGUACCGAGGAAUUAAGAGAAUUUCUGUUCCUUUCACUUGAUCUGCUAUGUGUCUAACCGAGUGUCAGAGCUACAACAAAUAUCCCAGCGGGGAUCAAAUUACUGGUGCUUAUAUUGGACGUAAUGCUGGUUCACAUAACCCCACAAGGAUUAAGUUGUAAACCGUUUCCCGGCUGCAGGUUGCAGUGCUCUCUCAAUACUGGACCGAAUUCAAAGGCUGUUGUCUCCAUUAGUCACUUUGACACAAAAAACAUGGGAAAAUGUUCCAGGUUGAAAAAAACCCAGGUUAGUCAUUAAAUUAUUUUUUUGUUUUGUUACUCGAUGAAUGUAAGUCCAAACUCCUUCUUUUUGCUCUGUUUUUGGAGACCACCAAUCCUGAGAAAAAUAUCUGCCUCAGUGACUUUAUCAGAGCUUUUUCCCUGGAAACAGCUGCCUGCUGGAUGAGACUGGGUGAGACUGAACCAAAACAAUAAAGUGGUGGGUUGUAAAACCGAAACAACGAGCAUGCCCUUUCCUACACUGGUGCCCGCCACUGCCUUUAGCACAUCCAUUUAUUUUACAACUACAAAUAGUGGAUUUGGACUUGGACAGCUACUGGAAGGAAAUGUACUUUCUAAAACAUCUCUGUAGUUGACAGCAGCAUUGACAAAAGCUUCUUGACUAUUAAUAAUAUUGUUCCCAUCAUGCCUCACUGUAGUGGCUGUUAUUGCUUGCAUUCUAGUGCACUUUGCAGGAGUCAUGGCUGAAGCUCAUUAUUGUAAAUCAGCUCUUUAUGCCAGUUUGUCUUAAAACUUCACUCUCUGAAUGUGUUGAUGGCCAGGCUUCUAUAGUUUUUGUGUUUCACUUCAACUUUGGACCGUUUUCUCUCCCCUGCAGCUUGUUUCAGAACUGUGGGACAUUUUUUUUUCCAGUUUGUGUUGCUUCUACAAGCGUGAUGUAUUUCCUGUUAUGUCUAAGAGCUGUGUGAAGGUUGGCUGUGGCCUCUGUUGUGCAGCAUUUUUGCGAAAACAAAUAGAGAGUGAUUUUAUUGCCACAAGCGUCUCUGUGUACUUCAAUAAAUCCUGCGAUGCAUUUCUGGUCUAUUUUGUUUAUAAGAUUGUGAAUUAUAAACUAUAUUUGGCUCAUUACAGUAACAUGUUUCUGACAGUACUUACACAACUAAAUAAAAUACCUGCUUCAGUAA